UACCUAAUCCAGCAGCGAGCGCUAGCUGCCGCUGCUCCAUUUUUAAAGCAUGCGCCAUCUGCUCUACACCCGCUGUUCUGGCUGGCCACGGUGGAAGGACUCAUCGGCGCAAACUUUUUGCUGUUAAUUUACUUUGGCGAGGGCUUGAAGCAUCGCGCGCUUCGCGGCCUCUGGUUGCUCACGUCUACGCCAGUCGCGCUCUCGCUGGUGCCGCUGGCGAUAGGGGACAUCACAAAAGCAUGCUGUGUCCAGAUCGCCGGCGCCUUCUUCGCCAUGACGCUGUUCGCGGUGCAGUACGGCUUCGUGGCCGACCCCGCGCCCCAGCCCCGCAACCCCUGGAGCUACUUCCUAGCGGGGCUCCUAGAUACCUUCCUGCCCUUCGAGGAGGGAGGCGGCGCGGCGGUGCGCGCGGCGGGCGGCGCCCAGUCCUCGGCCGCGCGCGGCCCAACCCCCGCCUCUGACCCGAAAGCAGCGGAAGGCGUGGACAAGGACACGGACGCUCAAGCUAGCGCUCACGCAGACUCUGACCCAUCUGGGUCGGGCCGGAAGGGGCCCCUAGCUGGCGGCGCAGUCGCCGCAGCCACCGUCGCUGCCGCGGAGCGGCAGCGGCAGCGGCGCCGUGCCCAGCUGGAACGGCAGCCGCUGGCCGCUCCCGGCGCCAGCUACCCCGCCGCCGUGGCCCGGCUGCUGCUGGAGCUGGUCGUGCAGUACCUCAUCUAUGACGCCGUGCUGACGCUGGUGGUGAAGCCGCUGGCGGUGUUUGACGCCGCGGGCGGCGGCGGCCCGCCGCUGCUGGGCGCCGCCAGCGUGGCGGCCUCGGUGGGCUUCACGGUGGUGUUGUACCUGCACUUCACGUUGUCGUACCGCGGCAUUCUGGUAAUGUUAUCGGUGGUAAAGCCGGAGCUGCUGUGGCGCUGCCGGCACCAGUUUCGUGAGCCCUGGCUCGCCGCCACCAGCUCUGUGGGUGAGCUGUGGCAGCGCUGGCACCAGCUGUUCCGAAUGACCUUUGUGCGGCUGGCCUACCGCCCCGCCCGAGCCCUGGUGCGCCGCCUGAUGCUGGCGGCGGCGGCCGAUGGCGGUGGCGGUGGCGCUGGUCGCUCACGCAGCAGCGGCAGCACAAGCAGCAGCGAAGGUAAGAUGGGGCCCGACGGCGGCGACAGCAAGGGCGAAGGCAAGGGCGGAAAGCACCAGGCACACGCCCACGCCGACGCACGCAGCAACAUUGCCGCCAUCAACGCCGCCGCCCCCAACGGCGUCGCCGCCGCCACCAGCUCCGCCGCCGCCAUCGCCGCCGCCCCGCCCUCCAAGUUUGCGAGGCGGCUGGAGGAGGCGGCGGGCCUGGUGGCGGUGUUCGCGUUGAGCGGCACCAUCCACGAGUACAUGUGUUGGGCCGCGUUUGGCGGCGCCGGUGGCUGGCAGCUGUCCUUCUUCCUGCUGCACGCCGUAGCCGUCCUAUUGGAGCAGGCGCUAGGGUUGCCGUUGGCGCCUGAGAGCGACUACGCCGCAAUAGCUGCUGCUGCUGCCGCCGCCGAGGCAGCGCAGGCGGUAGCAGCUGGCGGCGGCGGUGCGGGGGCGGAUGCGGCGAAGGCGGCGCGGGGCAAGUGGCGGCGGCGGCGGGCGGCGCUGGCGCGGGCGGCGGUGCGCGUCGUUCACGGCGCGUGUGUGUUGGCGUUUAACUUCCUGACCAGCGUGCUGUUCAUGCGGCCUUGGCUCCAGGGCAACUACCACACCGAGUUCUGGCACCCCGUGUCGCCGGUGGGGUGGGCGGUGCGGCGGCUGCGGGAAGCGCUGGCGGUGGCGGGGGUGGCGGCGGGGGCAGCAGGUUGGGUUGCAGGCGGGGUGGAUGUGGGCUCGGAGCUGUAGAAGGCUUGUCAGCGCCAGGGUGUGUUGAGCCUGCAAUGUCGCAGAUGUGUCGUAUCUUGUCAGUUUUACGCAUCCCGGUAUCCCGGCGUGGAUAUACGAAUGACGCAGCACCUGUGGCCUGACGCAUGAAUGUAUGAAUGCAUGCACGUCAAGCUGACCGAUGUACACCGUGAAUUUAUGUGAGGGAUCAGGCCAAGUGGGCAGGAGUGCGGCAAGCCGGCAAGCAUGCACGACAAGCAUCAAUUGCCUAAACCGUACGUGGCAUGCCCUGAGACUGCAGUCGAUAAAACAUGACACGUCCAGGUGGCCUGGAAAUGCGAACAUUGAUGUACCGGUACUACGAGUCGUGUGUCUGACACUGAGCAUAAUGGUGGGCAUUUGCAUGCUUAGGGGCAUGAGCGCGGGCCACCCAAGCACUAAUUAUAUUACAGCGAAAAGACCACCCACAAGGUUUGCAUGCUUGGUGGCAUGAGCGCGGUGGUGGCAAUGGAGCCAUGCGUGUAGAUGACACGUCUGCAUUUACUGUACCGUACUGUCGUCAUUGUGUCACACUAUGUAAGUCUACUGCCGC